GCAUCCUCCGACCCGAAGCCUGGACGCUGCCCGCCGAGUCCCGCCCGCAAGACCGGAGCCUGGCACGCCCGCUGCGCUCGAUCCGCCUACCGGGCCGAGCCCCGCCGCUUCCGGAGCCUGGGACCGGUUUUCCAGGUAGUGCCAGGGGUAAAGAACCCACCUGCCAAUGCAGGAGACGUAGGAGACUCAAAGUUCGAUCCUUGGGUUGGGAAGAUCACUUGGAGGAUGGCAUGGCAACCCACUCCAAUAUUCUUGACUGGAGAAUCCCAUGAAUAGAGGAGUCUGGCAGGCUACAGUCCAUAGCGUUGCAAAAGAGUUGGACACCACUGAAGUGACUUAGCACACAUGCGUGCCUGGCCCCCGGGAUCAUGUGGUAUGUCAGCACUCGGGGGAUCGCCCCACGGAUCGACUUCGAGGGGGCGCUCUUCUCUGGCUAUGCUCCGGACGGGGGCCUCUACAUGCCUGAGGAGCUUCCACAGCUGGGCAGAGAGACCCUGCGUGAGUGGAGCACGCUCUCCUACCCCAGCUUGGUGAAGGAGCUGUGCAGCCUCUUCAUUGGACCUGAGCUCAUUCCUAGAGAUGACCUAAAUGAUCUGAUUGAUCGUGCCUUCAGCAGAUUCCGCCACAGAGAGGUGGUGCACCUGUCCAGGUUGAGGAACGGGCUGAACGUGCUGGAGCUGUGGCACGGGGUCACCUAUGCGUUUAAGGACAUGUCCCUGUGCUGCGCAGCACAGUUCCUGCAGUACUUCCUGCAGAAGAGGAAGAGGCACAUCACCGUGGUUGUAGGAACUUCUGGGGAUACAGGAAGUGCUGCCAUUGAGAGUGUUCAUGGGGCAAAAAAUGUGGACCUCAUUGUUCUGCUGCCCAAGGGUCACUGCACAAAGAUUCAGGAGCUCCAGAUGACAACAGUGCUAAGAGAGAACGUCCACGUGUUCGGAGUGGAGGGUAACAGCGAUGAGCUGGAUGAGCCCAUCAAGACGGUGUUUGCCGAUGUGGCCUUUGUCAAGAAGCACAACCUGAUGAGUCUGAAUUCAAUCAACUGGUCCCGGGUCCUCGUGCAAAUAGCCCACCACUUUUUCGCUUAUUUCCGGUGUGCACCAUCCUUAGAUACGCACCCCCUGCCCCCUGUGGAGGUGGUCGUGCCAACAGGGGCUGCUGGUAACCUUGCAGCUGGGUGCAUCGCUCAGAAGAUGGGGCUGCCCAUUCACCUGGUCGUGGCAGUGAACAGCAAUGACAUCAUCCACAGGGCCGUCCAAUGGGGAGACUUCUCUCUGUCCAAAGCGGUCAAACCAACCUUGGCGUCAGCCAUGGACAUUCAGGUUCCCUACAACAUGGAGAGGAUCUUCUGGCUGCUAUCUGGCUCUGACAGCCAGGUGAUAAGGGCCCUCAUGGAGCAGUUUGAAAGGACAAAAAGUGUGGGUCUACCCAAGGAGCUACACAGCAAGCUUGCGGAGGCAGUAACAUCUCAGUCGGUGUCGGACGAGGCCAUCACCCAGACGAUGGGCCGCUGCUGGCAGGAGAACAAGUACUUGCUGUGUCCUCACUCGGCCGUGGCCGUGAGCUGCCAUUACCGGCAGGUGGACAGGCAGCAGCCCAGCCCUCCCCGCUGUUGUCUGGCUCCGGCCUCUGCAGCCAAGUUCCCAGAGGCCGUGCGAGCUGCCAGGCUGACUCUGGACACCCCGGCAGAGAUCCUCGCCCUGGAGCACAAGGAGACACGCUGCACCCCAAUGCGGAAGGGCGAUGACUGGACUCGGAUGCUCCGGGACACGAUAGAGGACCUGAGCCAGCAGUGGCAGGGGCGCGUCCAGAAUCUCCCUGCAUAGCCCCGCUGGAUAUGGGUUCCUUUAGGCCUCGGACCCCGGGAGGUGUCCCCUGUGAGCUGCCUGGUGCACCUUUUCCCCAUUCAGAGUCUGAGCAGGAGGUUCUCAGGCGGCUGCUCUAGGGGUGGGGGGUCUGUGCUCUGUUCCCGGGAUGCUCAGAACUGUCACCGCCUGGUGUUGCGUCUGAUCCCUGGGAGGUGGGGAGGGCUCUUGUAGACGUGGCUGGGGAUGCACUCACCGCCUGACAGUGCAGGAGCAUAGCUGCUGCCUCUGAAAGUUUCAGUGGAUGAGAAUAUGCCUGCCAGUGCAGGGGACACCAGUUUGAUCCCUGGUCCAGGAAGAUCCCACGUGCCAGGGAGCAACAAAACCCCUGUGCCACAACCACUGAGCCUGCGUGCCUGGAGCCUGUGCUCCACAACGGGAGUGACCACCACAAUGAGAAGCCUGUGCACUGCAUGGAAGAGUAGCCCCCGCUUGUAGCAACUAGAGAAAGCCCGAGCAAAGCAACGAAGAAUAAGUAAAUACAUAAAUAAAUAAAUAAAAAUUUUAAAAAGGAAAGUCUGGGGCUCAGGGUCAACUUUGGCUCCAAGAUUUUGGACCCCAGGCCCUAAAACCUAUGCAGGUGGGGACCGCUGACUCCGUUAGCACAGGUCUGGCUUGAGUCUUAGUUUAUCUGGUCCCCACACCAGAUCCAGAGGCCUUGACCUGCCUUGUCAGAAGCUUUGUUGUUGUUUAGUAGAUAAGUUGUGUCCCACUCUUUGCAACCCUAUGGACUGUAGCCUGUCAGGCUUCUCUGUCCGUGGGAUUCUCUAGGCAAGAAUACUGGACUGGGUUGCCAUUUCCUUCUCCAGGGGAUCUUCCCAGCCCAGGGGUUGAACCUGCGUCUCCUGCAUUGGCAGGCGGAGUCUUACUAUCUGAGCCACUAGGGAAGCCCAACAUAUGUGUACUAAACUAUGUAUAAUUUCCCUGGUGGUUCAGUGGUUAAGACUCCAUGCUUCUAAUGCAGAGGCACAGGUUCAAUCCCUGGUUGGGGAAGUUCCACAUGCCAUAUGGUGUGGCAAAAAAAAAAAAAAAAAAGACACACACACAUAUAUAUAAACUACACAAACUGUGUGCUAAAAUAGACACGAAGCAAUAAUAACAGCACUUAUAUUUAUCUCUUCUCCCCCCUCUCCAGUGGAUUGCCUGUGGGCCUGUCUUUGGUAGUCCUGGUUGAGCACCGUGCCUGGUGCAUUCUGGAACCGGCAGGAACAGGGACAUAGCUCCCCUGUGAUUGCACAUCUACCAGAUACUGUGUGAUGACUCUCAAAGUGUGGUCCUUGGGUUUCCCCAAAAUGCAAACUCACAGCCCCCACCCUAGAGCACAGCAAACCUGUGGACAUGGGUGGGGUGUCUUCAGUUCUUACAAAUGCCCCCAUGUAAGUUUCCGCCCUCUAAUUUCAGGAAACCUUGGCCAAGGGCUUUAAGUUUAUAAAUAAUUGUCUUCCACAGGGAGAUAUGCUUUGUUUCCACAAGGGCAUGCUUUCUUCCUGCUACUGUUCUUAUGAUCUAGCCUACACUGCCCAAUUCAGGAACCACCAAACAUUUGUUGAGUCCUCGCAAUGUGAAGUCUGAACUGAAUUUAAAAUUUUUUAAUUAAUUUACAUUUAAAUGUCAAAAUUUCUUACUUGAUUCAGUUAUUGGAAAACUUUUAAGUAUGACUGGAAAAAUGCAGGUAAUGUGGAUCUGCUUUUUCAGCUAUGAAAUUUAUGAAGUACAUAAAAUACUUUGUUUUGGCGUAUAGUUGAUUAAUGUUGUGUUAGUUUCAGCUGUACAGCAAAGUGAUUCAGUUAUACAUGUGCCUGUUCUUUUUCAAGAAGAUUCAGUGUUCUGAUUGAGAUGGACCACAAGUGUAAAUUACAUGUUGGAUUUCAAAGACACCUAAUGAAAAAAAUCUAAAAUAUCUCAUUAGUAAUUUUAUAUCAAUGAUCUGCUGAAAGGAUGGUGUUUUUAUGUAUUAGGUUAAAUAAAAUAUAAUAUCAAAUUAA